AUGCCCGACAUAGGCAUGGGCUCUGGCAGCUCAAGCACAUCCUCCUUGGAGACAACCUCAGCACUGUCACAUCAGUACACCGGAAUUCUUUCAAGGACAUUCAGCACAAGCUCAACCGUGAGAUGGAUACUGCCAGCCAGGGUCAGAUCCGCAAACAAAAACGACAUUGUCUUCGUAGGGGAGACUUUUGUGCAGCUUCGUGAAUUCCUUCCCAAUGGCCAACUAGCGGAUGCAACUGCGAAACUCGACUUUGGAACACAAAUCCUUGCGGCACAGGUUGUUUCGGCAAAGCUGCAGAUUGUCGAAAUCAUGGACGAAAUCAUAAAGCAAGAACGAGAUCAGGAGCAGUACAGCCUCCAUGGGCACCCGAUCGACGACUCCCAUCCUCCCCAGCUUCUUGUUCUCAGCACUUCCAGCAACGAGUUGAUCUACAUCUAUGCUAGAGAGAACUCGUCUGGUGAUGCAAGAUUUAUUUUUGCAAAGAGAUCCUUACUUCGUGGGGUCAAUCUGCCUUUGAGGCAGUGUCGACACAUGGCGGUCGAUUCAGAUAGUAAUUCGACUUGUUCCCGCGCUCUGGCAAUCGCGUCUUCUUCCGGAUAUAUCGCCAUUUUCAAACUCCACACAGUCGCCAACAUCAAGCGCCAGAUAGAUGACUGGGAUCCACAAAAGCACGACACAUUCUUGCCAUGGACGGAGCAACGAUUCAUUCAGAUUGAUGGCAACAUUUUAAAAAUGGCCUUUCUUCGAAGUUCCGACUCUGACCCCACCAAGGUAUUUCUCCUCUUGAUGGUGGCUUCUGGCGUGGAAACUCAUCUCCUGUUGUACGAGUGGGAUACAGAAGCACCACUUCGUUCUAUGAAGCCAAUGGGUUGCAGUGGUCGGCCAGCAAAAGACGACCAAUUCCCCCUGAUGCUGAUACCAUCCACGCACCCAUACUCUUGCUUUGUGGUCGUACAAACAGGGAUCAGCUACUAUCAGAACGUUCAUUCCUCCGAGUUCAAGCGUAUUCAUUGCACAUUCAUGGGCAAAGCUGCAGGUCCGCUCACUUGGGUGCACUGGGCCAAACCCCGACGGCACGAGCAAUACUUGCAGAAGAGUGAUGACCUUGUCAUUGUGCGAGAGGAUGGAUUACUCCAGUGUUUUCAAAUCGACAAGGCCUCAAGUACGAAAUUUACCAUGAAUUGGACAAUAGGCACCCUAGAUAUCCAUGUCGACACGGCCUUUUGUAUGCUUGCUGGUCCGCCCAGUAAAGGCGGUGAUAUUGUCGUUGCUGGUGGUGACAUGACAGAGGGUGGUGUAUUUCAGGUUCUUGCUCGAACUGGGCCAACAAAGCAGCAGAACAUUGUCAAUGUUGCACCCGUACAUGACAUGAUAAUUGGUUCUCGCGGAGAUGCCACAUCCUCUACAGGUUCACAACUCGAGCGUUUGGAUCGGAUUUAUCUUUGCGGAGGGAGGACCAAAGAUCACUCCCAUGUUACCGAGCUUCGCAAUGGCCUCGAGGCACAACUAGGCUGGACGAUGCCCUAUCCGGACCCUUUCGAUAUCAGCCGUAUUUGGUCACUCCACAUCCCCUGGCAAAAGCGUCUCUUGCUUGCCACUUCACAUUCAGUCAGUACGAACGCGGUCUCGUUUAAUCUUGAGACGCAAGAGCUUGAAUCCAUGGAUCCCGAAAGUCUUCCGGGUUUCAAUUUCGAAAGCCCUACUUUGGUCAUUGCAGAUAUUGGAAAUGGCCAUAUUCUACAAUUGACUAAAGAUGACAUCAAUGUCAUUGCUGAGGGAGAUGAUUCAAGUAUUGAAAGUUGCCUGCAAAAAAAGCUCAAUUGUCUACAGGCAGAUAUAUUUGAGGGAGACAAUGUGGUUGCCCUGGUCGGGAAAGCCAUAAACGGGUAUCAAAUUGGUUUAAUAUCAAUUGAUACCUCAAAUCGACACGGGGUGAACUAUACUCCCGCUCCAAGUCCUAUCGUCGUACAGCACGAGAUCAUUGCUCUAUGCUGCAUGAAUAUCGGCGAUAGACGGUUAGUCGUCGUGGGAACGACCACUGGCAAGCUGUUGGGCUAUCUAGUCCUCGAAAAUCUCACUUUGAAACUUGCUUUCGAAACAGAAGUGAGUGAAAUUUGUGUACAUGUGGAAAUUGCACCAGUUGCGUCUCUGGUAGCCCUUGAUCAUCAUGAUUCUACGCCAGUGCUCCUGUUGUGUGGCCUGAGGAAUGGUGUUAUGAUGUGCUUGGAGCUGAGUGCUGACCUCAAUGAUAGAAUCAAUAUUCGAUCCGAUAAUUUUCACCGCCUGGGACAGACAACUGUACAAUUCUCUAAAGAGGUGGUGGGAGCCGGCACUACUGGUAUUCCCUCAGUUCUUGUGCUGUGCGACUCUCGUCUUCAUCGUAUUACACUUUAUCCGAAUGAUGCAGCGAUUGAUUACGCACUAACAACCUUGUAUCUUGCAAAUUUGUCGGAGCCGGGCCUACCUCUGCCUGAAGUCAACGCAAUUCAUCGCAUUGCAAAGUUACCGCCCCCAUUUGGAGAACCUGGUGGUCUCAUUGUGUGCUCAACGAGAGACGAGCUAUUGUUUGCGUCUCUGGUGGCCCAAGAACAAACCAUUAUUACUCAGCUUCCACUCCCGGCCGUCCCUCGACGACUACUCUACUCGAACCACCUGAAGAAGCUUGUGGUCGCGACUGAGAAGAGAUUGCGUGGAUCCACUGCAUAUGCUGGGGAUUUCGGCCAUGCCACGGAAUCUCACGAGCAGGAUGAUAAGGGCAUUCCAUACGUCGAUAUGCCCAAACCAGUUGGUUCUGAAGAAAGAAUCCAAAUCAGCCUUUCGAUUGUUGAUCCCGAAUGGAGAGGAGACGAAAUGUCUUCAGUAUCAGUCCCGAUUGUUGAGGACUGCAAUCUUCGAGUGACUGCCCUAAUGGAGUGGGCAAUCGAGCAAGAUAUCACGGGCAAAGGAAAUGGCUUGUGGAUUGUCAUGGGCCUGGAACAACAUGUGAGCAAUGUUGAAACAAACAUUGGUCGUGUCAUUGCGAUCAACGCGAAAAACAUUAAGAAAGGCCACCAUUCUCCACAACAGCGAGUUUUGUACCGAAGCGUUAAAGGCGCCAUUCGAGCCCUUUGUGCUUAUGGAAGGUCAUCGCUCCUGAUCGCCGCAGGGAACGAACUUAUUCUGCAUAACCUCGACCUCACUGUGAAGAAAUGGAAAACGUUGGCAACGUACACCCUACCAUCAGCAGCGACCUCGAUUUCGUGCCAAGGCGCCAUGAUUUUUGUCGCAACAUCUCAUCACUCCCUUAUUGUGCUCAUGGAACGAAACGAUGCAUUGUUCGAGCAUAAAUCGGAUAGUAUGGCGAGGAAUCUCAACAACGUUGUUUCAUUUGGAGGCAACUGUGCAAUGUUCUCAGCCUUCGAUACUGCAGGAACACAUCUCAUGGCAUUCUCAGGUUUUGAUCAGGAAUCGGACGACCCUGUACCAAUGUUCCGAGCAAUACUGCCCCUCAAAAUUGAUCGCAUCCGAUUCCGAAAGGGCACGGAUGUGACAGGAGGGGCUCGUCAUCACUUUUACGGAAGCACUACAGAUGGCACUGUAUAUCACUUCGAAACACUCGCACCCAAUGAGUGGAGGCUCCUUCGUUUCCUAGAAGAGCUGAGCCACUUUGAGCGCGACACAAUCAAAGCUGUGCCAAUAUCCAAGCGGACUAUUGAUGGUAAAGACGCUCUCUUUCAUUUUCCGGCCACGAAAUUAUCCGACAUGCACGUUCAUGGUGAUCGCUUGCGCCUGAUGAUUGAGCCUGGCCCGUACAAUCUACGAAACCUGUUCCGCACAACACAACAGCGUGAGAUAUUUGGUAAACUGGCUGUAGCAGUCAUUGGGGAGACAGAAUAUCCUGUUGAAGCCGUGGUGGUUUGGAUUAGACGAUUUCUUCAAUCUUAA